GUUUACCCACCACAAAUCAUUGGCAAUUGUGCAUAAUACACUAUACAUACAUUACAGAAUACAGAUCCAUUUUCAUUACUUCCCUCCUUACCUGCUCUUGUUCUGGUACAUUUUGGCGCAUUUUAGCGUCUAACCACCAAACCCUAAAAAAAGCGUUAUCCUCUUUCUUUGCCUCUUUGCUUUUGCUUAAGCUUUUUUUUUUUUUUUUCCUUACUGGACCAAGCUUCAACAAUAAUAAUCAUGGCAAUCAUUUUCUCCCUCUGAAAAGUUUUUCUUACUCCAAAACACCCCCCUCUUCCUCUCUUUACAGAUCCUGUUAAUUUUUGUUUCAAGAAUUUUCCUUUAUUUGAAGUUGCCAGAACAAUUUGUUGGAGAGAGAGAAACAGAGAGAGACCAUCCAACCAAAGGUUUCAGCUUUAGAUCUGGGUGAGCUUAGGUUGUUAGAGGCAAUGGAGACACCCCAUGUUUCUUGGUCUUUGACAUGAAAGUUUCUUGCUUUCUUCUUUGACCCUUCUUCAUCCCUCCUUUUUUUUUUGGUUUCUGAUUCUGGGUCAUUCUUGUAUUGCGUUUUGAGUUUAUGAGGGUGUAGAAGUAGCACUUCUAGUAACCCUUCAAAUUAGCACUACCUUGUUGAAUAGAGUGAAAGAGUAACUCAGAUUUUGUGAAUAAUGCUGGCCAUUGGGAGUCCUACCACAAGUAUCAGGACAAACACUACUUGCACUGCUUUGCUCAGAGAACUUGAGCAAAUAUGGAACGAUAUUGGGGAGAGUGAUGUGGACAAAGAUCGUAUGUUGUUUGAACUGGAGAGGGAAUGCUUAGAAGUUUACAGGAGAAAGGUUGAUGAGGCUGCCAAUACCAAAGCACGCUUUCAUCAUACGGUUGCAGCCAAGGAAGCGGAACUUGCAACACUAAUGGCUUUGCUUGGCGAACAUGAUAUUCAUUCUCCGAUCAAGACUGAAAAGAGAUCUGCAUCCCUAAAGGAGAAACUUGCAUCUGUCACACCCUUGAUUGAAGAAAUGAAGAAGAAAGAAGAUGAAAGGUUGAAGCAAUUUGCCGAUGUAAAGGCUCAAAUAGAAAAGAUAAGUGGAGAGAUUUCUGGAAUCCAUCCUGUCAAUGAUGCCGUGAGCAGCACAACAGUUGUGGAGGAGCAAGACUUGUCACUUAGAAGGCUUAAUGAAUAUCAAACACAUCUUCGUACUCUUCAAAAGGAAAAGUCCGACCGCCUUCAAAAGGUCUUGCAAUGUGUGAAUGAGGUGCAUUCUCUCUGUGGUGUGCUUGGAUUGGAUUUUGGCCAGACUGUGGAUGAUGUGCAUCCAAGCUUGCAUGGGACUGAGGUGGAACAAUCGACCAAUAUUAGCAAUAGCACAUUGGAAGGUCUAGAGAAGACCAUUCUCAAGUUAAAAACAGAAAGGAAAGCUAGAAUCCAGAAGCUAAAGGGUGUUGUUGCUAAACUAUUUGAACUUUGGAAUUUGAUGGACUCAUCAAAUAAAGAGAGAAACAGUUUUCUGAGGAUUACUUCUAUUCUUGGAUCUUCAGAAUCAGAAAUUACUGAACGAGGUGUUCUUUCAACAGAGAUUAUAGAGAAGGCUUCAGCGGAAGUGGAAAGGCUUUCCAAACUAAAAGCAAGCAGAAUGAAGGAACUUGUUUUUAAGAAGAGGUCAGAGUUAGAGGAAAUAUGUAGACUGACUCAUAUUGAACCUGAUACAAGUACUGCUGCUGAGAAAGCUAGUGCAUUAAUAGAUUCUGGCCUGGUUGAUCCUUCUGAACUAUUAGCUAACAUUGAAGCACAAAUAUUGAAGGCAAAAGAUGAAGCUUUCAGCAGAAAAGAAGUAACAGAUAGGAUCGAUAAGUGGCUUUCUGCCUGCGAAGAGGAGAAUUGGCUUGAUGAAUACAAUCAAGAUCACAAUCGGUACAGUGCCGGACGAGGCGCUCACAUUAAUCUUAAACGUGCAGAACGAGCUAGAGUAACUGUAAGCAAAAUUCCAGCUAUGGUUGACAAUCUUAUAAACAAAACGCUAGCCUGGGAAGAUGAAAAGAAGACUUAUUUUCUAUAUGAUGGGGUACGUUUGGUGUCAAUAUUGGAGGAUUACAAACUGACCAGACAACAGAAAGAAGAAGAAAAGAGACGAUUCAGGGACCAAAAGAAGCUGCAAGAUCUACUCCUAAAUCAAAAGGAAGCCAUGUAUGGGUCUAAACCUAGUCCAAAAAAAAGUAACAGCUUUAGAAAGACAAAUGGGUAUGGUACAAAUGGCAAUGCAUCCAUGCCUCCUACACCUCGUCGUAACUCUUUAAGUGGUGGAACAACAUCUGAACUACUCACACCACGUUCCUACUCUGGGCGUCACAAUGGAUAUUUUAAGGAAAUGAGGAGAUUGUCUACUGCACCCCUCAACUUUGUGGCUAUACCUAAGGAAGAUACAAUGUCAUAUGCUUCUCUUGGUGGUUCUUCAGAGCCUGAAUCCCCUCCCCAGGGUUAAACUAUAAAAACUAGAAAUGGAAUAGGCUAAGAUUUUCUUGGGCAGUUAGCGCAAACCUUGUGAAUAUGAGGUCCAUUGUACACUAGUAUUUGCUUGUAAUAAGCUGAGAUAUACCUGGACAGUGAUAACUGACGUUUGAAGACAAGAGUUAGGGUGUUUAUGCUUUGAACAGCAUCAGCUUUGUGGGAAGAGUGUUGAUACUGAUAGAGGGACAGUUCAGGAAUCCUUUGUAGAGAAGGGUAAACAGUGGAGAUCAUAGUGUUUGACCAUGUUUGUUAUGGGUUUUGUUUGUUUUCCAUGUGUUGCAUCUGUACAUAUGUUUCAGUGUGACAGGUCAUCAUUUCAUGUAGUAACUAAAGAUUAUUUUAAUUCGUAAUUGUAGGAACGUUCAUGCUUAUUAUACUUUAUGCCCAUUGUUUGUUAUAU